UCACAAUUGUUGAGGUAAUAAUAUGCAACAAAUAGUAUGGUGUUGGUGUUACUUUAUAGUAUUACUUUUUGGUGAAUGUUACGGGGCGCCCGAUGGAGAGAUUCCCGAACCAUAUGAGCCACCCACUUCCGCGGAAGUAUACGAAGAACAUGCAAUGAAAGUGUUCGAGAUUCCCAAAGGGAAAAAUGCCCGACUCACCUGUGGCAGUAAUGAUAAGGAUCACAUCUUCGCCUUCUGGCAAGUGGGCAACAAUGUACUGGUUGGACCAGGAAAUAAAUUCAAUGAUCGCAAAUACGAUUACGAAAUCCUUACAGGAAAGUUGACCAUCAAGGCUGUUUCCCCACAAGAAGAAGGUGUCUACACAUGCGUUUCGAAAGGAGUACGAAAUAGUAACAGCUUCAACAUUCGAACUGUAAGAAUGAUAGUCAAAGAAGACUGGGAAGAAGUUUACGAAAAUGAUCCAAAUGUUAAUUUCUUUAGAGUUGUUAUUGUUCUAGCAUCUCUCCUAAUAAUAAUGGGUCUCCUGUAUGCCGCUUACAAAAUACGAAAAAGGCAUAGACUGCACGAAUAUUUAGAAAAUUUAGAAGACGAAGAUGAAGAAAGCGGGGAUGAAAUUUUCAGAGCGCCAGGCACAUCCAGAGGAGGAACUGGGAAUAUUGUUUUAGACAAGUCAGUUAGCAUAGACACGGACUUUGGGAGUAUACUGAACAACGCCCAACAAAAAAAUUAAAUAUAGCGAUAAAUUAUUAAUACAUUAUAGAUAGAAAAUUAAAAAUUAUUUAUUCCUGU